UUCACCCCAAGAUCAUCGACAAGGCAAAACCAACAAAACAUCUCUUUAAUUAAACCAGCAGAGAAUCUCUCUCUCUCUCUCUCUCUCUCUCUCUCUCUGUGGCGAUGGCGGCUUCCGUGGAUCCACUGGUGGUGGGGAGAGUGAUAGGAGAUGUGGUGGACAUGUUCGUGCCGACGGCGAACAUGUCGGUUUACUACGGCCCUAAGCACAUCACCAACGGCUGCGAGAUCAAACCCUCCCUCGCUGCCAGCCCUCCCAAGCUCACCAUCUCCGGCCUCUCCCACGACCUCUACACCCUCGUGAUGACAGAUCCGGAUGCGCCUAGCCCAAGCGAACCGAGUUUGAGAGAAUGGGUCCAUUGGAUAGUCGUGGAUAUUCCCGGAGGAACUAACCCGACACGAGGGAUAGAGAUACUGCCGUACAUGGAGCCGAGGCCAACGGUGGGGAUACACCGAUACAUAACGGUGCUUUUCCGGCAGAAAACGGCGGUGGGGGGGAUGCAGCAGCCACCGUCGAGGGCCAAUUUCAGCACUCGAAUGUUCGCCAGCCACCUCGGCCUCGGCCUUCCUGUGGCCACCGUCUACUUCAACGCCCAGAAGGAGCCUGCUUCACGGAGACGCUAAAGUACUAUUACAACAACACAAACAGAAACGUCCCUCGUGUGACUCGACCCCACACCCUAAAUAUAUAUAUAUACAUGUGGCCGUGUGAAAAAAAUGUGGUUUUAUAUGACAUACCACAUUUUUGUUUAGGUAUAUGUGGGCUUAUAUAGUUCUAUCUAUAUAUAUAUAUAUAUGAGCAUACGUGUAUACAUAUAUACAGCUACGCGUUUUGCUUAUAUAUACGCAGCUGUAUUGCAUGUGUUGUUCGGUGGCUUGGGAGUUUAGGAGUAUGUAGGUCUCGUGCCCUAUGCGUUGUGCUGAACUCUUUUCACAUAUUUAUUAAUGAAAAGAGAUUUGUGUUAA